AGCCGGUCCUGACCCGGAAACAUAAACAGUCACGCCUGAGAUGCUUAUAGUCCAUGUGAGUGCAAGUGCAGAAAGUGGUUAACUAUUGGGGAUCAAAUCACGAUUUUUUUGGAGUUAGGAAAUCUUAUAUACGCUGAGUGUAGUUUUCAGUACUUUAAGUCAUUGCAACAAUGAGGUUUGCAUAUAAAUUUUCUAACCUGCUGGGGACAGUGUUUCGUCAUGGAAAUCUGAAUUUUUCUAAAGAUGGAAACUCUGUCAUAAGUCCUGUUGGAAACAGAAUUACCAUUUUUGAUCUGAAGAAUAACAGGGCAGAAACUUUGCCAUUGUCUACGUCCUAUAACAUCAAAUGCGUAGGACUGUCCCCAGAUGGAAAUUUUGCUAUUCUUAUUGAUGAAGAGGGAGCUGCUUUGCUUGUCAGUCUGAUCACAAAGUGCGUUUUACAUCAUUUCAAUUUCCACAAGCCUGUGCACUCUGUUAGCUUCUCCCCUGAUGGCAGGAAGUUUGUGGUUACAAAAGAAAAUGUUGCUCUUAUGUACCAUGCACCUGGAAAGAAGAAAGAAUUCAAUGCAUUUGUUCUAGAUAAAAGCUAUUAUGGACCAUAUGAUGAGACUACAUGCAUAGACUGGACAGUUGAUUCCAAGUGUUUUGCAAUUGGGAGUAAAGACAUGUCAACAUGGGUCUUUGGAGCAGAAAGGUGGACUAACCUGAUAUAUUAUUCUCUUGGAGGUCACAAGGAUGUUAUCAUUGGAUGUUUCUUUGAGGAUGAUAGCCUUGAUCUGUAUACUGUAAGUCAGGAUGGUACAUUGUGCGUGUGGCAAUGUGAUACAGAACUGGAAGGUCUGAAGGCCAGGCUUCCGAAGGAUUCUUCAGGAAAUCUGCAAGAUGAACCGGAUGAAGACCUGAAUGAAGAAGGAGAGUCAAGGGGAGUGGAAAUCCGUGGAAAGGCCGGUCAGCAGCAACAAGAAGAUAGUGGAAAAGUGAAAUAUUAUCGACUUGCAAAGCAUUUUUUCAACAAAGAGGGGGACUUCAACAGCUUGACAGCUGCAGCUUUCCAUAAGAAGACGCAUUUACUAGUCACAGGUUUUGCCUCGGGCAUCUUCCAUCUCCAUGAGCUUCCGGAAUUUAACCUAAUCCACUCUUUGAGCAUUUCAGACCAGAGGAUAGCUUCCAUUUCUAUCAACAGUACCGGAGACUGGAUUGCUUUUGGAUGUGCGGGUCUUGGUCAGCUUCUGGUUUGGGAAUGGCAGAGUGAAUCAUAUGUUCUCAAACAACAAGGCCAUUUCAACAACAUGGCAUCAUUGGCUUAUUCUCCUGAUGGGCAGUACAUCGUUACUGGAGGAGAUGAUGGCAAGGUUAAAGUGUGGAGCACAAGUAGUGGAUUUUGUUUCGUUACUUUUACUGAACAUACCAGCAGUGUCACAGCUGUCACAUUCACUGCAUCUGGACAUGUUAUUGUAAGCGCAUCACUUGAUGGGACAGUUCGGGCUUUUGAUCUACACAGGUAUCGUAAUUUUCGAGCCUUUACUUCCCCUCGCCCAACUCAGUUUUCUUGCCUCGCAGUAGAUUCAAGUGGUGAAAUUAUAUGUGCUGGAUCCCAGGAUUCCUUUGAAAUAUUUGCCUGGUGUAUGCAGACAGGGCGUUUGUUAGAGGUAUUAGCAGGACACGAAGGACCCAUUAGUGGCCUGUACUUUAACCCUACACGGUGCGUGCUAGCAAGCGCAUCUUGGGAUGCCACAGUUCGACUCUGGGAAAUGUUGGACAGCUGGAAAACAAAGGAAACACUUAACUUAAAUUCAGAUGCUCUUGCAGUGACAUUUCGUCCUGAUGGAAAGCAAAUUGCAGUUGCCACCCUGAAUGGUCAAAUCACUUUCUGGGACCCUGAUAAUGGAGUACAGACUGGAUCUAUUGAAGGCAGACAUGACUUACAGUUGGGAAGGAAGGAGUUGGACAAAAUUACAGCUAAACAGUCUGCCAAAGGAAAGUCUUUUACUACUCUUUGUUACUCAGCAGAUGGACAGUCUAUUUUGGCUGGAGGGCAGUCAAAAUUUGUCUGUAUAUAUCAUGUGAAAGAACAGAUUCUAAUGAAGAAAUUUGAAAUUUCUUGUAAUCUUUCAUUGGAUGCAAUGGAGGAAUAUUUGGACCGAAGGAAAAUGACUGAGUUUGGCAGCUUAGCAUUGAUUGAUGAAGGUGCUGGUGAUGAAAAUGGUGUUGCUAUCCCACUGCCUGGUGUAAAGAAAGGUGACAUGAGUUCUCGACAUUUCAAGCCAGAGAUCCGAGUGUCUUGUCUUCGCUUUUCUCCCACAGGGCGAAGCUGGGCAGCAACAACAACUGAGGGCCUUCUUAUAUACUCCUUGGACAGUGGCCUCAUUUUUGACCCAUUUGAACUUGAUAUGGACAUUACACCAAGCAGUAUACAUCGAGUACUACAUCAGAAGCAAUACACUGCAGCCAUUGUCUUGGCUUUUCGAUUAAAUGAGAAGAAGUUGAUUCAGGAAGUCCUUGAAAAUGUUCCGCAGAGUGAAAUUGAAAUUGUCUGCACAUCCCUCCCUGACAUUUAUGUAGAAAAGGUUCUACAUUUCAUUGCUACAGCCUUGGAUACAUCUCGUCACUUGGAGUUUUAUCUUACCUGGGCGCAGAGACUACUGAUGUUGCAUGGACAGAAGCUCAAGGCAAGGUCUGGGACUUUAUUACCAAUGAUUAACGACCUUCAGAAGAGCAUCCAGCACCACUUUGAGGAUCUCUCUAAACUCUGUGACUGGAAUCGUUACAACAUCAAAUAUGCUGUCGCUUUGUCACAACAAAAGGGCAUCAAACGUUCAGCAGAGUUUUCAGCAAGUGAGGAUGAGUCUGAAAUAUCUGAAUCUGAGGAAACAAGUGAUCAUCUCACGGAAUAGGAAGAAAGAAGUGCAGCUCAAAGUUUUACUGAUGUGCUUGAGGCCAGAUGUGAAAAUUAUUCAUUCAGUGCCAUUUAAAUGACCUGCUAUACCAGACACACUGUCCUUGGUGUAGUGGUUUGUGGACUCGCGUGUAAAAGGUUAAACCAUGUAAUGCACUGUGGGGCAUUAACACUGCCACAGUUAAAUAAUGGUACUGUUUUCCUGUACUAUUUAUAUUUAUGUCCUUGGUGUAGUGGUUUGUGGACUCGCGUGUAAAAGGUUAAACCAUGUAAUGCACUAUGGGGCAUUAACACUGCCACAGUUAAAUAAUGGUACUGUUUUCCUGUACUAUUUAUAUUUAUGUCAAACCUGGCAACAACAAGUAGCAUAGAAAAGUCACUCACCUGGCUUUGGAGUCACUGCAUUUGUGGGUUCAGCAGCUCUGUAAUUUUUAACAUAGUUGUUCUGUAUUUCUUGUUUUAGCUUAUUAAUGUCAUUAUGUUUCUAGAUCUGUAAGUACUACUUUUUCCUUGGAUUAACUUAUAUUUUUUAAACUUUAGAAGCCAUGUGAAUUCUUGUUUUAAACAACUUUGAGUGAAUAUCUUGCAAUAGUCCAGAAACAUUUAUUAUAAUUUCAGAACUUGCAGGGUAUGGCUUUUCUGCUUAGACUUGUGGUUUCAGGACUACUUCAGUAGUAACAUUAGUAACACAAAUGGAGCUGCAAUUUCAUCCAUCAGGUAUUGUUACUGACACUUAUUUACUUAGGGCAGGAUUCAGAUACAUCAUUGGUAUACCAAAAAAAACUAGCUGAGCAGAGAAUAUGAUUCAUGAACUGUUUGGUGUGCAGUUCACAAAAGGGAAUGCAUUAUUUACAAGGGAACACUGUGUACCAAAGUGUGUUGGACGAUAGUGCACUGAAGCAUUGCAUGACCUUUCAUCUACUACUCUGGCACUGAGGCUCACAAUACUCAUAAAGCAAUAUGAAAACACAGAUUUGGUAUUCCACCCAGAUAUGCAGUGUGUCAGUGUGCAGUUCAGAAGCAUCACCCACAUGGUGUCUAUAGGACCUUAAGACAUUUCUUUGUAGCAAUUGAUCACACCACUUUGUGCAUAACUCAUCCCUGUAUGUAGCUGUGGUAACCAAGGGAUGACACUGACAGGCACUUGUAAGCAGUACACUUGAAGUACAUCACAGGGGUAGGAUUAUAGCCCUGUACAGGUUCCCAUAAUUGAUAAGGUGGUGAUGCAGCUGCUAGAUUGCUAUGUUGGACAGCAUAAGGGCAAUUGCAUGUUGAGUGAGCUUUAUGAAACUACAUACCUGUCUGCCCUCUGUACAGGAGUACUUUUGGGCUGUUGCAUGCCAACAACAAGCUGUAUACUGCCAUCUUCAAUUGUGCACUAAUGCUUAUCCUAAAGUAUGGAAUGCAGUCCAGAGGCAUAGGCUAAUCUGCAUGCCUUUUUGUUAGUGAUGGUAUAACACUAUCAUUUGUAUGUCAUUUAUCAAACAUGGACUUUACUGAUGAGAUCAGCAUUGACUUUUGGUAGGUUUCCAGCUGGCUGCAUUAUAUUGUUUCUGGGGAGGAAGGUGUAGUGAAGGCUGCAGUGCCCAGAUAGUGUUUCCAUAGUAUAGCAGCAAAAUCUUUAGAUCAUUGAACAGCAUUGUUAUCAAGCACUGCUCAAUUAGCACACUUCCUGCUAGCAUGACAUAGAGGGCUUGGGGAACAUUUUAUGAAUUUGAAAGCUUCUUAGGGAUAAGGACUUGUGUCAUUUUGCAGGGGUUGACAUGCAGGGCACAUGUUGAACAUGGUGCUUUGUUUAUGGCUGCUGUGAACUAGUCAGGUGCACAACUAUGCAAGUUGUUUCUCAUUGAGGAACUUCUGACACUGCUGAGGCAGUAGUUCUAAUAAAUGGGAUUUGUAGUUGGAAGUUUACAGAAGUACAAGCUGAUAUGUGUGGUGUUCAAGGAAUAGCUGCAAACUGGUGACAUUAUUUUUAGCUGUUACUGUACUCCAUAAUGUGAUUCAACCUUUAUUAUUGGCCAUAUUAGUAUAAUCUUUGACCAUCUCUUAUUGUAUUUGAUGAGGAUAUGCUGUUGUAUCGAUGCUUUUUUGACAGUUUAUCAGUAUGAAAGAAAGAUCAGAGAUUGGAUUACUGGUCUUCAUAAUAGUAAUGCCACAUAUUGGCUGUGCUUUGAUACACAAUUUAAACAUUUUGAAUCUUGAACCAAGAGAUAUGCAUGUGUCUGCCUUCACUUGACUGUGAGCAGUAAAGUGCAGGAUUAGUACAACCCACUGUUACAUAUUAUCUGGUGGGGGGUGGGUCAGUGCUUGUCUCCGAAUCUCAUGUAGUUCUUAUACGUGCUUACCCUGAUGCAAUGCAUGUCUCUGAAUCUGGCCCUGUGCAGUGUAUGCCAUGUCUCCGAAUCUUAAGAGCAUUUUACAGAACCAGAAUUUAAUAUAUGCAAGAAAGUGUUUCCAACUUUUACAAUUGAAAAUAUGAAGUUUAUUUUUUUAUAUUCAUAUUUUUAUUGAAAUGAGAUAUUCAGUUUUACUAAGAAAUGAAACAUAGCAAUAAUACAGUAUAAUAUUUUGUGAUAUCAGUAAGCUUAGCAUUAUUAUUAACAGUAUAUUAUCAGUGCGCAAAAUGGAAACAGAUUAAACAUGUAUCCCUUUAUAUGUCCUGAAGAUUCCCUCUGUUAUUAAUACAUGCAUGAUUCCUGUCAUAGCUGAUCGUGGGAGUUUCUGGAUCUAUUUCAAAGCAGUACGUGACCAUUCUUAGAGUUCAUAACUUUUUCUUUUUAAUUAAAUUAUUUCUACCUAGUAGAGUAUUUAAUUUAAAUAUUGUUGCAGUCAGUGGAGAUUUGUUUUUGGCAAAUGCAUUCUAAUGACAGACUUUAUUGUUCAUAGUAAUUUUAAAAUGUUCACUUCUGUACCCAUCAUGUACUGGAAGGAGAAGCAUGGUGAGAGUAGUAAUCUUCAUAAGAAAUGGUUUGUUAAAAGCAACUUCAGAAAACGUGUUUAAUAUGUAAUAUUCCACCUGUGCAUUGUGUGCUUUUUCAGAUUCUUUUUAUGAUAAUUUGGUACAAAUCCAUCUUUGCAAUGCGCAUUUUUUACCUCUUUAGGAGAGAGCAGACAUUGUCUUUAUUCAUUGGGGUCACUACAAGAGAAUUUUUAUUUUCCCAGAGGUGCAGCAUCCGCAGAGUUGAUAAUUUUUAUAUACGGGUGCAGUAGGAAAAGCCAUGUAUAUGUGCUGGUGGGAGCUUUAGCCCCACAUAACUAGAGGUCUCAUAUUUUUCUCUAAUGUGUAAUUUGAAAGUGUUACUGUUUUGUGUUAUGGAGCCUACACAUUUGAGUAGAUAUCAGUAUGCACUAGUUACAGUGUAGUGUACAACUGGGCCUUAUUCAAUCAGUUUGCUCUGUAAAGUAAAUUUUUGCCUUAAUGUACCAUAA